AUGUCGCUCUCGCGUGCCUUGACAACCUGCCGCCUGCGGCUGAGCAGUGACUUCAUCGACGGAGGCAACAUGCCCCGGUCCAACAGCACCCGGAAGGCCGUCCCGCGCCACAAGAUAUCGGCUCCCAUCCAGCUCAUUCACACCACAAACAUGCUCUCCUACAACGCCCCUGAUCUUCCACGGCCUUCGCGCAGCAACUCGACAACCACCAGGCCCGAUGACGACUCGGAUGCGCAGACAGCGGCGUCGACGCCUCCCACAAGCCCCGAAGUCGCGCCAGGCGAGCGGCCCUCGUCACCGCAGCCAAAUCACCUCACAUCCUACUUCAAGCAACCCGCUGGGUCCCUGGCCGCGAGCGAGGAGGACCCGCCCAAGAUCCCCAAGCGCGCGCCGUCCCACACGAAAAAGAACUCGUUUGAGAAUCUUGCCCGCUCGCGCUCCUCAUCGCGCCUGUCCAGAGACUCAGACUUUUCCGCGUCGACGAGACCCGGCCAGACCUUUUCUCGCUCCGCGUCAACGUCGACUCGCGCCUCAUCCCAGCACCCGUCCAAUGAGACUCACCCGUUCGGGCAAGAGCUCGCCAAGGUGCAUGAACUGGCCGAGGAGUACAGCGUUGGCGACGGCCUGGCCACCAUCGAUGAGGAGAAGCUGUAUCUCGACUCGCGGGGCCUCAAGAAGCUGACGGCCGACGACUACCUCGGCGUCGUGCAGGGCAUCACGUCCACCUUCUUUCCCGAGGCAAAGCAUGCCACGCCCGUGGUUCCCCUGUGGAUCUAG